AUCAUGUCAUUCAAAAAUUCUAUAAAUGUUCCUGUUAAAAUCUUGUAAAAAAUUAUCUCAUCUGGUCAUUAAUAAAAUCAGUUAGAAAUAAAAAAAAAAAGGGUUUCUUCAAGAAUUCAGUUUCGAAAAAUAUGGGGAAUGAAGAAGAAACCAUAACUAACAGUAAGUCCAAGGAAAUCCCAGUUGCAGAACCUCCAAUUCUAAGGGUUGGAGAUUCAACAGAAAUAGUUGAGGAAAACGCAGACGAUGAAGAGGAAAGGCGGCGGCUUGAUCUCAUUUUAGAGAUACCAUCAAGUACUCUAGAGGACUCUAGAGAAGAUUUUGUAGCAAUUCAAAUACCUGUAACACCAAGUCAAACCCCAAGAAGGGUAAAUUUUUCACCCAUUCUCAGCCCAAGUUUUCUCAAAAUCAGUGAUUCGCCGGACUCCUCCGUGUCAAAAAGUAAAUCAACCAUGAAAAGUCUCCUUCCGAAGUUGAGUUUCAAAUAUCGAAACAGUAAUUCGGAUAUUGAGAAGGCUGCAAUAUUAGCUCUAGGAGGUUCAUCUGCAGCAGUUGAGAAGAAGCCUGUCCUUUCCAGGACACUGUCUCUCACCAAACUUUUUACACUGAGGUCGAAGAGAACAUCAUCUUUACCUGUUACUCCUAUUGCUCACUCAAAUCCAGAGUCCAUGCACGGAGGGUAUGCAACCAAUCCAUCAAGUUCAGUUAGAGGCGAUGCCCAAAAACCUAUGCAUCGUUCCCAUUCUGUCCCUGUGAUGGAGAAAGAGGAUAGUGUAAGGCAGAUGGAAUCUUCAGGCGGCAUAUUUCGUAUCAUUCCGUCUACUCCACGACAAGCUGAGAUAGCUGUCACAACAAUGUCAAAUGCUUCUCCUAUGAAUGAUGCUGAUAAAAAUGGUGAUAGUGGUGAAGAUAUUCCAGAAGAAGAAGCUGUUUGCAGAAUCUGCUUGAUAGAACUAGGGGAAGGUCCCGACACACUGAAGAUGGAAUGUAGCUGCAAAGGUGAACUGGCCCUUGCUCACCAGGAAUGUGCCGUAAAAUGGUUUAGCAUCAAAGGUAACAAAACUUGUGAUGUGUGCAAACAAGAGGUUAAGAACUUACCAGUUACGCUUUUACGAAUUCAAAAUCUCCGAGGAAGUAGAGCUCGGCCUGCGGAAGUUGCUCAAUACAGGGUUUGGCAGGAUGUUCCAAUUCUUGUCAUCGUCAGCAUGCUUGCUUACUUUUGUUUUCUUGAGCAGCUUCUGGUCGGGAAACUCGGCUCUGGAGCAAUUGCCAUUUCUCUUCCUUUUUCCUGUAUAAUGGGACUUCUUGCAUCCAUGACAUCAACAACAAUGGUGAAGAGGAAGUAUGUUUGGAUUUAUGCAACUGUGCAAUUCGCAUUGGUCGUCCUAUCUGCUCAUCUUUUCUACUCUUUGCUUCAUAUCCAGGCUGUUUUAGCAGUUCUGCUGGCCACAUUCACUGGAUUUGGGGUUACAAUGAGUGGAAGUUCUUUUCUUGGUGAGAUUAUUCGAUGGAGGAGAAGAUCGAUGGUUCAAGCAAAUGAUCAGCGGAACUCUCAAGCUGCUACACAACCAGAUCAAACAGCUGCAUUUGCUACUCAAACUCAAACUCAAGCAAAUCCUCAACCAGAACAAGUCGAAAUGGACGGACCGGAACCUACACAAGUCCGCCAAUUUAGUGCAACUUGAUGCAUUUGUUUCAAAAAAAAAAGAUUGCAGUUUCUGUGUGUAGUAUAGGUGCAACAAAAUAGAUAUGCAAUAUUUGGUUUUUUAUUUGGCCAUCUCUCAAGGAAGAAAAAAGAGAUUAGUUAGAAUAUUAUGAGUGCAUUUAAUAUGAUAGCAAAAUCUUCGGCUUUUUUUAAAAAUACCUCAUUUUUUGAAAUUUUUAUAAAAGUACCCUUUGUUAUA